AUGACGGUUGCCAGCCCCUCCAUCACUGCCUCCUCUUGCUACCAAUCCCUGCCCUCAUGCGUCAGCGGGCUCAGCCUCGUUCCGCUGUUCCCCUCCCCGCCUCCGCCCCCGUCCUCUCCGUCAUCCGUGAGUCGGCCCCGCCGUCCUGCGCAUCUCGCAGCGAAACUGAAGGAGACCUCACCGAAGAUCCAAGCCAACGCGUCGUGCGCGUCGGUGCCCGACCAGGCUGCCCUGAGUGUGCUUGCGAGCUAUAUCGUGAGGAAGCUGCCUGAGCUCGCGGAGCGGGCGCGCGUGCUGGAGAGGGAAGAGAAGCAGCUGGAUCGAAGGAUUAAGGCGCUGGAGGGACGGGUGGGGACGUUGGGCGUGCCGGCCGGCUCGCCGCUGGCUGGCGGGGCUGAAGGUGGAGGGACGUCGAGGGGACGGAAAAGAGGUGCUGACGCGUUGGACGGCCAGGACGCCGAACCGUCCGUCCGGUUUAGCCAGCCUGUUCUCGUCGACGAAGAUAUCCAGCUUCGGUCUGGGAAUUCUGAUGUAUUCCUGUGCCACACUAUUUCCCUCAGGAGUCGGCGGAAGGGCAGGAUCUUCUUCAAUGCGGAGGCGGAUCGAAUCGCCGCGGAAGGUGUGAAGAGGCGGAGACUGGAUUAA